AUGGCGAGAAUCGAGCCUUUACCGGACGACAGGAGAGGGGUAUAUCGAUGCUGGUGAUACUGGGCAGUGACCAACAUUGACUACAUCCACCAGAGGACCAAGACGAGAAUAGGCAUAAUGAUCUUCAUCAUCUGGGCCGUGUCUUUCCUCGUCUCCAUCGCCCCUAUCUUAGGCUGGAAGGACCCCAGCUGGGAGGCAAGGGUCUCCGAAAACAAGACAUGCCUCCUAUUUGCUACUGCUUCCUCGUUUUACCUUCCACUGUUGGUCAUCCUUGUCUUGUACUGGAGAAUUUUCCAAACCGCUAGGAAGAGGAUACGAAGGAGGUUCCAGGCUACUGCUGGAGGUAUGGCACAAAGUGCGGGUCGCCAUCCACCACCUGGUGGUGUAAUUGCAGGACUGUGCGCAGCUGGUGCGACCGGAGGCAACGGAGGGAUCGCUGCGGCAGUGGUGGGAGUGAUCGGGAGGCCACUCCCCACCAUCACUGAGGCCACCACGACAACAACCACCACGGCCUUCACCAACGUGAGCUCGGCCAACACUUCGCCGGAGAAAGGCUCCUUCGGAAACGGACUGGAGGCGGACUCCCCGACAGUCGACCUGGCCUCCAGCUACCAGCCCGUCACCCCACAGCCUCUUCCCAAGCAGCGCAAGAACAAGGAGGCCGCUGACUCCAAGAGAGAGCGAAAGGCAGCCAAGACUUUGGCCAUCAUAACUGGAGCCUUUGUCAUGUGCUGGCUACCCUUCUUCAUCAUCGCAAUUCUCCUGCCGAUCUGUAGCAUGUACAAUGUGUGCGUCCUGAACGACCACCUAUUCGCUUUCUUCCUUUGGCUAGGAUACUUCAAUUCUACUCUCAAUCCUAUAAUUUAUACGAUAUUUAGCCCGGAAUUCCGCCAUGCUUUCAAGAGGAUCUUGUGUGGCCGUCGUAACUCUGUCCGCAGGCGCAAUCGACACCUGGGCGUUAGACACUUUCACUGA